AUGAUCGUUAAAGUGCGCGAUUGCCCUACCUCCCGUGCACCAAUCCAUAUUUGUUAUCAGUGUUUCGGCAACCCUGAUGAUGGUCUGCCGGCAGUGCUGCUCAUCGGCGGCCUCAACAUGCAACUCUCCGCCUGGGAUGAGGCUUUCUGCGAAUCCCUCGUACGCGCCGGCUUUUAUGUAAUCCGCUACGACAACCGUGACAUUGGCCACUCCACCAAGAUCGAAAACUGUGGCAAGAUCAAAGUACCAAUGCUUCUACUGCCUGGUCGUGCGGCCAAGUGGCUCGGUGAGGAGCUCCCUUAUCAGCUCGAGGACAUGGCUGAAGACGCUUGGGCGCUUCUCGACGCGCUGAGCAUUCCAUGUGCGCACUUAUUCGGUGUCAGCAUGGGUGGCAUGAUUGCGCAACGGGCUGCGCUGCAGGCGCCGGAGCGGACGAUGAGCCUCACGAGUGUCAUGUCGUCGACGAAUGCGCCUGACCUACCGGAGCCGGCGCUGUGGGUGAAGCUUUGGAUGCUGCGUCCACCGCCGCGCAACUGCACCGUUGACGAGUUGCUGGAGUUCCGUGUCCACUCUCUACGCCACCUCCUCCGCUACGCCUUGCCCCCCGACGGCGAGUACCUGAAGAAGCGGUUCUUAAUGUCGCUGCGGCGCAGUUCCUAUGCUUCGGGGUUAGUGCGGCAGGCCGCUGCGAUCCGCCGCGCCGCCGGGUGCGAUGCGUUGCUGCAGCAGCUGCAUGUGCCCGCCCUUAUUGUGCAUGGGGCGCAGGAUGUCGUGGUGCCGCCGAUGAAUGGUUAUCGGACGGCAGCGAUGCUGCCGUAUGCGCGGCUACUCGUGCUGAAGAGUAUGGGUCACUACUUCCACCCGGCCUUCUUCUCCACCAUCAUUGCCGCGUUUGUCGACAUGGCGGCCUCGACAGAUCCCGCAAGGCGAUGCCUGCGCUCGGCGCUGCCGUCAGCGACAGGCAAUGACGGCAGAAGCGGGAAUUCGAGAGGGGGGUUAGGAGGUGCAUCAGAGGUGGGUGCUGGCGAUGACGGGGACGAGCCCUCUGGCAGUUCAGACGACAAAGUAGUUUUGACGUCGCAGAUGAUGGCAUCACUGGGCGAGUUUAUUGUGCCAGUCGUCGCAGACGCUGAUUCCCCCAUCGGUAAGGCUGCCUGUCGCUCAGUUAUGGUGGCCGUUCCGGGCGGUAACAGCAACCCAGCCGUGCCGGAAGCCGUCAUGGUGGAGAACCUCUUCCAGCGUGAUCCCUACGCGACGCUGAGUGUGCCGAAAUCGGCCAUCGUGAAGCAGCCAGUGCCAUGGCCACCGCUGAAGUCAGAAAAGCACCUGGCUGCGAGUCGAGUAUCCACCGGCGACGGGCUGGCAAUCUCCUCUUCGGGGAACAUCUAUCGGAAAGAGGAGCCGUCAGCAUCGCCAAACGCCGUGACUUUGCCCACCGCCAGUGUCGCGGCAGUGGCGCCGUCGUCGAGUACCGCCGAGCUGCGCACAUUUCCUCUGCUUUCACACAUGGAGGGCGUUAAGCCGUUUGUGCCGUGCAGUUCCUCGCGCUGGCACGAGUUGGUGCCUUAUCCUCAGCGCAGCGCUGCUGCUGCGGGCGGAGCUGGCAUAGGGGGGAUUGUCAGAGGUGGGCGUCCUUCGGUUGAUAAGAUGGCGACAGAGUGCCCUGACUCUUCUUCGUCUGCAUCGUCGUCGGUAGCUGCCCUGGGUGUAGGGGUGUCCACUUGCCCCUCCGGCGACGGCGCCGAGCCGGCAAAGGCGCCGUCGCGGCAGCAGCUUCCUCGUUUCCACCCAGUGGUGGUGGGUAUACCAGUGGAGGAGUACCUACGCAAGAACCCUACCUCGCAACAGAGCAGGAUCAGGGCUCCUGCCACUGCAGCGGGUAGUACGGCGGUUUCUGAAGCGGGCAAGGCAAACGUCGGUGCGACACCAUCUGCCACCCCCGAGGGUGUGACAGGGGUGUUACUUGAUGGAAUUUUUGUAGCCUUUCCGCUGGAACCUGCUGUUGCAGCCAGUGCAGGUAGUGCAGGUAGCGUCAAAACGGCGCAUGACGGGACGACUCACCUCUCCCUUGCAUCCAGGAUCGAGUCGGCGGGGCGAGAAGCUGAUGAGACCUUCUUGCACUCCGAGGCAUCGCAGGACUUCCACGCCGCGUCUUCCUUCGCUGACAUGUGA